GCAUCUGAACAAGUCUGGACUACAGUGCUUUCACCGCAGCGGAGCAAAACGUACAACCAAGGAAAUAUGACUUUAUUUCUCUUCUUGUAGUCAAUGAGAGGAUUUUUGCAGGCUGCAGCGUUUUGAGGAGGUAAAGUCCUCUGGGAGUUUGGCAGAUGCUCACUUAUCACACAGGAGCAGGUUGAUAAAACUAAACUCUUUUCAAGUCAUUCUCCGUUCAAAUAAAGGCUCAUUGAAGGGAAUUUGUCAGAUCAUGUGUGACUAGGACAACGUCGUUGACCGCUUCGUCUCGGUGACCAGUUUUAAGCGGAUUUGAAAAUGGGGUGUUUGCUGCAAUGGACUUUGCUGCUUGCUGUGUUGCUGUCUCUCCCAUCGUGUUCUACAGCUCAAGGCCAGUGCAAUGAUGUUGUUGCAGCAGACAUUGUAUUCCUGGUGGAUGGAUCAUCCAGUAUUGGCAGGGCCAAUUUUGUGUUGGUCAAGAGUUUCAUUGCAGGGAUUGUCCAACCCUUUGCCAAAGUAGUAGGACCCAAUGGCAUACGUUUUGGAGUCGUACAGUACAGCGAUACUGCCAGGGUGGAGUUUACAUUUACAGCAUACCUAAAUGGAACUGAGCUCAUAAAUGCCAUAGAGAAUAUUAACUAUAAAGGUGGGAAUACUCGCACUGGGGCUGGUCUCAAAUACAUCGCAGACAACUUCUUUAACCCUGCCUCUAUCAGAGAUGUACCCAAGAUUACUAUUCUUAUUACUGAUGGUAAAUCUCAGGACAAUGUGCAGGAACCUUCACAAAGACUACGUAGCCUAGGAGUCAAAAUAUUUGCAGUGGGUAUAAAGAGUGCAGAUCCAACUGAGCUGAAUCUCAUUGCCUCUCCCCCUCAAAGUGACUUCACCUCUCAGAUUGGGAACUUCAGAGCUUUGAGCUCUUUGCUUCCCCUAGUGUCUCAACGCGUGUGUACAGCAAGUGGAGGCUCUUACUUAAGUGAUGAGCCCUACAGCGGUCCAUCAGACUUGCAGAUUUUAGGUGAGACCACCAACUCACUGAGAUUUCGAUGGACAUCUGCAGGAGGGCCUGUUAGUGGGUAUGUGGUUCAGUACAGGCCCUUAUCUGGCUUGGGUCAGCCAAUCACAUCAGAGCUCCGACAGGAAACAAUACCAAGCAACCAGCAGAGCUACAUUUCACGAGAGCUGCGUUCAGGCACAGACUACCUGAUCACCGUUAUUGCUCAGUACCCAAACAGCUUGGGAGAGUCAGUGUCUGCCAAGGCCCGAACAAAGCCUCUCCUGGGUCUGACUACACUGCGACUGGUCCAGGCCGGGUUUUUUACUCUGGGUUUGGGCUGGGACGCUCCAGCUGACCAAGUACAGGGCUACAGAAUCACUUAUAGACCUACAGGCCAGACUGGUGCACAGCUGAAGGAACAAUCUGUUGGAGCAGACUUUACUUCUCUGACUUUGCUUGAUCUUAAGCCUGACACAGAAUACGUGAUCAACUUGUACCCUCUAAUUCCCCGCAACAGUGCCUCACCAGCUACCCUGACUGCCCGUACAUUGCGUUUAGAUGGAGUGCAGCAGCUCUCCGUUGAGACCAUCUCAAGUAACAGUGUUCGAGUCCGCUGGACAGGCGUGACAGGGGCCAGAGGAUAUAGAGUCGUUUGGGGCCCUUUCACAGGAAGUGAUGUGGAGACUGUAGAGCUGCGAGGUGAUAGUGAAUCUCACACUCUGGGGAAUCUGACACCAGACACAGAGUACAUCGUUACAGUCAUCGCCCUUUACAACGGAGAAGCUGAAGGACCUGCAGCCACUGCACGUUUUAAAAUAGGUACACAAACACACAUGCGGACACAUCAACAUUUAAUGGUACGUCGGAGUGGUGGAUAA